AUGCAGACUGCUUCUGCAAACAUUUGUGAAAGAAUGGGUGCUCAGUGAGGAGCCAGCAGUUCACUAUCUGUGCAAUAAGUCCAUCCGUGAAAUUUCCUUGCUAUUAAAUAUUCAACUGUUAGUGAUAUUAUAACAAUGUGGAAGAAACUCUGCCACAAAGGGGUAGGUCACGUAAAAUGACAGAGUGGGGUCAGUGCAUGCUGAAGCACACAGUGGACAGAAUUUGCCAACUGUCUGCAGAGUCAAUAGCUAAAGACCCCCAAACUUCAUGCGGCCUUCAGAUUAGCACAACAGUGCAUAGAGAGCUUCAUGGAAUGGGUUUCCAUGGACAAGCAGCUGCAUCCAAGCCUUACAUCACCAAGUGCAAUGCAAAGCAUUGGAUGCAGUGGUGUAAAGCACGCAACCUCUGGACUGUU